UUUUCAAAAAUAUUUUGAAGAAUCGAGGCAUACCGAGUUAUGUGAUCAAGCGUCUCCCCACGUCUACGGAUAAACCACGUCAGUUCCCCUGCUAGUCCAUAAACUGCACCACCAUUUUGAUUUCCCACAAUUUCUUCCUCUUUUCCUCCAAAACACUCAAACUUGAAUUUUCUCACUAAUUUUUUUUCUCUUAUUCUUCGUUCGACGCUGAUGUCGUUGAAGCUCCAGCAUCAGUAUCCUCCUUGCUCUAGUUCUUUUAGUUCAUGGCCUUCAGUUAAAGCAGUGAGAAACUAUUAUUUCAACAGGAAAGUAGUAGGAUUGGAUCACCUGAUAUACAAUCAAUGCAAUACAAGGAGAAGAUGCCAAACAAAACUUUAUUUGUUACAGGGUGGAAAUCGUGAUCUUAACCGCACAUCACCCGAUUCUAGGAAACAUAGGAUUACUCCUCGAACAUCAAGAAUACUACACCUAUUGCCUUUUGCUUCUGCUGAGGAUGGGGUGUCAGUUAAUGGCAGUCCCGGACCAUCUACUAGCAGUGAUAUGGAGGAAAUGAGACUAAAACUAGAUCUAUCUAUGCAAGGUGAAGAGAUCGGUUCUGGACUUGUCCAGUCACUGCAUGAUGCUGCUAGAGUAAUAGAGUUGGGAAUUAGACAACAAGGCUCAUUAUCCAGGGUAUCGUGGUUUUCAACUGCCUGGUUGGGCGGUGAUAGAACUGCGUGGAUCAAGGUGUUAUCUUAUCAGGCAUCUGUAUAUUCUCUACUGCAAGCAGCAAAUGAGAUUUCAUCUCGAGGAGAUGAAAGAGAUAAUGAUAUCAACAUUUUCACGCAGAGAAG